UUUCAGAUUCGACUCAGGACCAGUGACUAGAAGGCAUCCAAAUGGCACUACUACGAUAAAUCGUCAAACUAUACUCAUUGCUCAACAUAGGCAACCGCGUAUGAGAUUUGUGCAGCAACUUCCUGGUCUGGUAGAACUAACACACAUAAGUUCACCAGGGUUCCAUACAAUGGCUCCGCCACUGCGCAAGAAGCUGAAGAAGUUGAAGAAGAAGAAGAUUCCUCCGCGAGUGAUAAAUCCUCAUCCUCAACGAAGCGCACAGAACCAGCCUACGUCAUCGUCCAAAACAGAGCUUGUACCCGUAGAGAGCAAUCGCAGUGAGCAGGCCACCAACCCUACAAGGAAUAGAAGCCAAAUUCCAAGAGAACAAUCAAACCCAGGGAAACAAAUCUUGCAGAAUGUCCAAAAUCAUCGCAUUAGAACGCAACAGGAUUCGCCGAGGCAGAGACAACAAGAAAAGAAACAUGAUAAUCUUUCAACAAAGGAAAAUAUUGCUCCGACUUUGCCACCUAUUGUGUUGCCUCCUGCAACCCAGCCAACACUCUCAUUAACUCAAACUCUGCCACCUAUUGUGUUGCCUCCUGCAACCCAGUCAACACUCUCAGUAACAUCAACUCUGCAACCUAUAGUGUUGCCUCCUGCGACCCAGCCAACACUCUCAUUAACACUUCCGCUGCUUACACCGAAUACUCCGACUACUAGAGCAACAACUCCAGAAACUACGUCUCCGCCGCCUACCCCACGACAAGCAGAAGUGCGCGAUAUGGUUAUCGACGCUGGAAUACUAUUUGAGACCACCCCACGUCCAACGACUCUAGUGGAGGCGGAGCCGAUAGAGCUAAUUCGGCCAGUUGUUACAUCAGUGCCUGCAAAGAAAGUGAAUUUCGACGAGAUUCUUGCAAUGGAUGCGGAGUAUUACGAUGAAUACGAGGAGCCAAUAGAUGAACCGGUUAAUUCCGAAGAGUCCAACACCGAAGUUCUUCCAACUAAGGUAUCUGAAACAACUACAACACCAGCAUCCGGUGUACGCUCAACCAUAUCAACGAUUGCACCAAUAGUAGUACCUCCACCAGACAAUAUUCUCAACAGAAUUGAUGAUAGAACUGCGAAUCUCAUACCAGAAAAAAGGCGCAAAGGAGCUGAAAAUCAGCUACUGAACCUUGUUCCUCCAACAUCAUUCGAGGAAAAGCAAGCAGUGCCAGGGCAACCUACAGAGUGGACUCCCAUCGUUUUCCCUGUAGAUCAUCGUAAGUUAGGGAUCUUGAACAUGAAGAAAUAA